GGAGUAGGGAGAGACCAAUGGGGGCCCUCCCUAGCGCGUACCAAGCGGCUCACAGCCAACGAAAUUGGUAUUUUUUUGUGUAUGCAAAUGAGUUGUGCGCGGGCUGUCCUCACCACCUCCUCAGCGCGGGUUGCGGGGUUCUGAGACCAGUUAGUGCGGCUCUGCAGGCCUGACUGCCCGGCCCUGCGAUGUGUGACCCCUGACCCUGGCCAGGCCUCAGUCACAACCCCGGGCUUCAGUUUCCCCACGUGGAAAAUGGGCGCUUCAAUCUCAGGGCCUCUGCUGGGACUCACCUUCCCCGGCUGCGAAAUGGACGCGCAGCUAACAGGACAGGGGAGCUCCUCCAGGCCUCAGGCAGGAACAGAGAAGCCAGUGAGGAGAUGAUUGCUGCUGCCCAACUCGGGAUGCUGGUGGCUUUGACAGCAAUAAACAUUGAAAAAGUAAAAGAUACAGUAGUGGCCAAUUAAGCCCAUGACAAGAUGCUCAGCUCCAUCAGCCAGCAGGGAAGUGCAUAUCAAAACCAUGGAAAAGGUAUAACGUGGCCUGGCCAGUGUGGCUCGGUUGGAGCAUCAUCCUGUAACCUGAAAGGUCACGAGUUCCCUUCCUGGUCAGAGUACAUGCUGAGACUGCAGAUGGCACCCACAAUGGCGUGGCUCUCCAGCCCCGGACCAGGCCACCAGAGAACGUGACUGAAGGUCCCAGGGGAAUUAGCAGCUGUCGGCUCAGCCCACAGGAGUCUGGGGAGAGGAUGGCCCAAGCUAAUGGAAUGCUGCUUCAGGUGGAGGUCCAGCAGCCCAUUAUGAAAGACUGUGGUGGGAAACCGCCUCUGGCUGAGAGGAGAGAACGAAACAAGAGCUGCCAGAUGUGAACACGCCAUGAACACGCCAGAACGUGGACGGUUAUGAACUUAAAAGUAUACAUCCCGGCCCCGCCACCUGCAGACCCCCGUCUGAUGUGAGCCUCCCGGCCUCGGUGCUGAAGCUGGGACGAGGAGCUGGCACGGGGGUGUGAUGGUCGGCUCCCACGCUGACAUGGCACCGGCCUCCACCGAGGAGGGUGCAGGGGAGAAGCCUGGUUCCGCGGCCCCGGCGGCCCAGUACGAGUGUGGGGAGUGUGGCAAGUCCUUCCGCUGGUCCUCCCGGCUGCUGCACCACCAGCGCACACACACGGGCGAGCGGCCCUACAAGUGCCCGGAUUGCCCCAAGGCCUUCAAGGGCUCCUCAGCCCUGCUCUACCACCAGCGGGGCCACACGGGCGAGCGGCCCUACCAGUGUUCCGACUGCCCCAAGGCCUUCAAGCGCUCCUCACUGCUGCAGAUCCACCGCAGCGUGCACACCGGCGUGCGGGCCUUCACCUGCGGCCAGUGCGGCCUGGCCUUCAAGUGGUCGUCGCACUACCAGUACCACCUGCGCCAGCACACGGGCGAGCGGCCCUACCCAUGUCCCGACUGCCCCAAGGCCUUCAAGAACUCCUCCAGCCUGCGGCGCCACCGCCACGUGCACACGGGCGAGCGGCCCUACACCUGCGGCAUCUGCGGCAAGAGCUUCACACAGAGCACCAACCUGCGGCAGCACCAGCGCGUGCACACGGGCGAGCGGCCCUUCCGCUGCCCGCUCUGCCCCAAGACCUUCACACACUCCUCCAACCUGCUGCUGCAUCAGCGCACCCAUGGCGCCACCCCCGCUGCGGCCCCGGUGCCUCCGCAGCAGCCGAGGGAGCCAGCCAAGGUCUUCACUGACCCCUACCUGCAGCCGCACCUGCCCUCCCCUAGUCCACCGGCGCCCCCGCCGCCAGCUCCCCCGCCCGUGGUGCCUGAGCUCUUUCUGGCUGCGGCCGAGACGACGGUGGAGCUGGUGUACCGCUGCGACGGCUGCGAGCUGGGCUUCGGCAGUGAGGAGCUGCUGCUGGAGCACCAGCCCUGCCCGGGGCCCGAGGCGGUGGCUGCACCCCGGGACGCGCCCCCAGAGACACCCAAGGCUGCUCCGCCGUCUGCGGAGGCCCAGCCACUUCCUGCCACCACCACCCCCAGCUUCCCCUGCCUUCCCUGUGGAAAGUCCUUCCGGACAGUGGCUGGACUCUCCCGCCACCAGCACAGCCACGGGGCAGCCGGUGGGCAGGCAUUCCGCUGUGGCAGCUGCGACGGUGCCUUCCCACAGCUAGCCAGCCUCCUGGCGCAUCAGCAGUGUCACGUGGAGGAGGCUGCGGCUGGGCGCCCACCUCCCCAGGCCGAGGCCGCGGAGGUUACGUGCCCGCAGGAGCCGCUGGCCCCUGCUGCACCCGCCCCACAGCCACCUGCGCCAGCACCUGCUUCCGCCUCUACUGAGCGGCCCUACAAGUGCGGCGAGUGCGGCAAGGCCUUUAAGGGCUCGUCGGGGCUGCGCUACCACCUGCGGGACCACACAGGCGAGCGGCCCUACCAAUGUGGCGAGUGUGGCAAGGCUUUCAAACGCUCCUCGCUGCUGGCCAUCCACCAGCGCGUGCACACGGGCUUGCGGGCCUUCACCUGCGGCCAGUGCGGCCAGACCUUCAAGUGGUCGUCGCACUACCAGUACCACCUACGGCUGCACACGGGAGAGCGGCCCUAUGCCUGCGGAGAGUGCGGCAAGGCCUUCCGCAACACCUCGUGCCUGCGGCGCCACCGCCACGUGCACACGGGUGAGCGGCCACACGCCUGCGGUGUCUGCGGCAAGAGUUUCGCGCAGACCUCCAACCUGCGGCAGCACCAGCGCGUGCACACGGGCGAGCGGCCCUUCCGCUGCCCACUCUGCCCCAAAACCUUCACACACUCCUCCAACCUGCUGCUCCACCAGCGCACCCACUCAGCUGAACGCCCCUUCGCCUGCCCCAUCUGCGGGCGCAGCUUCGUCAUGGCUGCCUACCUGCAGCGGCACCUGAGGACGCACGCCCCUGCCGCCCCCGCCAGCGGCCCCCCGCCUCCUGCCCCGUUGGCUGCUGCCCCAGCUCCAGCAGCCACCCAAGAUGUCCACGUGCUCCCCCACCUCCAGGCGACCCUCUCCCUAGAGGUGGCAGGGGGCCCGGCUCAGCAGGCCCCGCCCCUGGGCCCGGCAGCCCCGAACUCCCAGACAUUCCUCCUGGUGCAGACAGCCCAGGGCCUCCAGCUCAUCCCCAGCAGUGUGCAGUCCCCCGCGCCCCCGCCGCCCCCCGCACCCCCUAAGCUCAUCCUGUUGCCCUCCAGUACUGGUAGUGGGGGCAGCCGGGCAAAACAAGGCUUGCGGGCAGUGGGGAAAGCUGGGCAGGGGCCUGGAGUAGUCUGGCUGCCAGGCCCUGGGGGACUGGGGAUGCAGGGAGGGGGCAGCGCAGGGGCCAGUGGGGCAGGGCAGAGCCUUAUCCUUCUGCAGAAUGUGGGGGGUGGGGAGUCAGGGCCGCCGGAAGUGAGUGGGGUCCAGCUCCAGCCCUUGCGGCCAGCCCCAGAAGUGGCCACGGUCCAGCUUCAGCCGGCACCGGAAGUGACCACGGUCCAGCUGCAGCCAGCACAGGAAGUGACCACGGUCCAGCUCCAGCCCGCCCAGGAGGUGACUGCAGUCCAGCUCCAGCCUGUGGCGGGCCAGCUGUCUAACCCCAGCGGGGGAGCCGUGACCACUGAGGCCCCCAACCUGCUGGUGGUUCAGAGUGAGGCACCCGAGGAAUUGCUGGCGGGCUCUGGCCCCGGGGAGCCGGGUGACGCCGAGGCCACCACUGGUGUGGUCCAGGAUGUGCUUUUCGAGACACUGCAGACGGACGAAGGGUUGCAGAGCGUCCUGGUGCUGAGUGGGGCAGAUGGGGAGCAGACCCAGCUCUGUGUGCAGGAGGUAGAGACCCUGCCCUCAGGGCUGGCCGAGCAGCCCGCCCAGGGGCCGCCAGGACAGAAACUGCUCAUCAUCCGUAGUGCUCCGGCCACCGAGCUUCUGGAGAACAGCAGUGUUGGGGGCGGUGCCGCCACACUGCAGCUGCUGGCCCCACCGGCAGCCAGUCCAGCCUCUGUCCCUGCCGGUGUCCCCGCCGCCCCUGCCUCCCAGAUGGUACAAGUGGUCCCUGCAGGAGCUGUGCCGGGGGGCAUGGCCUCGCAGGGCCUGCCCUCCAUCCAGAUUGUCCAGACCCUGCCCGCAGUCCAGCUGGUGCACACUUUUUGAGUGGAACUGCUGGUACCUCUCGCCCCACAGAGAGACCCGGUUUCACUCUUGCCUGGGCGGGAGAGCUGCAGGCAGGGCUUGCUAAUAAAGACCAGAAUCUCC